AUGUCAGUCGCAGGAAGUCAGUAUGUCUUGCAGACAGGGCUGGCAUCCGGUAUGUCCGCUACAGAAGGGCCAAUACACUCGCCGCACCCGAAUCCCGUUGACCCCAAGAUGAGCGAGGAGUCUUAUGUGUUGCCUAGUGAGAUCAUACCAGACUCGAGGGCCCGAAUCACACUGCGAGGAAAGGCCCACGAUGUUCUAGUGCCAUAUAUAUGCAUCGGUGCCUGGUCCUGGGGCGAUAAAGCCACGUGGAAAUACGAUGCAGAACGUGACCUUCCGAGGAUCCGAGCCGCUUGGUCGAAGUUGCGACAGGUCGGGUUAACUUUUGUUGACACCGCCCCUGCGUAUGGCGACGGAGACAGCGAGCGUAUCUGUGGCCAGCUGUUCAAGGACAUGAGGCGGGAGGAAUUCAUCAUACAGACAAAAUGGAUGUCAUGGCCGGACCCGACCAACGUCUUUCUCCAAUCGCACGGCCUGGAAAACAAGCUCAGGAGCUCGUUGGAGAGGCUUGGCCUUGAAUAUGUGGAUGUUUACCUUGUCCAUGGACCAACUCACCUUAGCAUGAUAUCGACUGUCGCGCAGGGUCUUGCGAACUGCGUCAACAAUGGGUUGGCACGGACCGUUGGCGUUGCGAAUUAUGAUAAAGACGAUAUGAUCAAAAUGGCCAAUGAGCUCGACAAGCAUGGCGUCCCCCUGGCGGUCAAUCAGUGCGAGUACUCCGUCAUUAGAAGAAAUCCAGAAGUUCAUGGAUUGAUCCGUGAAUGCCGCCAGAGAGGCAUCGUCUUCCAGGGAUAUGCAUCGCUGGGAGAGGGCCGCCUGUCGAAUAAGUACUCUCGAUUCCAUGAGCCUCCGCGGACUUAUCGUUUCAGUAGCUAUCCCAUGCACAUGCUUGAGCCAACCCUGAACGUGCUUGAACGAAUCGCUGAACAAAGACGUGUCCCCGUGGCCGCUGUGGUUUUGAAUUUCAGUAUCAACAAGGGAGUUCUUCCUCUGGUGGGAAUUCGGAGUGGUGAGCAAGCGGAGCAGGACAUGCAGGCUCUAGGUUGGCGCCUGACACCAGACGAGAUGCGACGGAUUGAGGCCAUUGCUUCCUUGAUCGGUUUAAGCAAAGAACUCGGACACCACAGUAUAGUAGUCGGAGCUGGAAAAGUAAACAGUGAACAAGCGGCAAAUUAUUUCCAACUAACACUCAAGCCCAACGACCAUCUUCGCUCUUUAGACUCUCAAACCCACAAGUCUAGCCUAAGAUCUGCUUUGAAUCUGACAUCGGAAAAAAUGGAGCGGUCUAACAAGCCCUCAGCCAUUGGUGUGGCUGCAUCACUACCCCAGCCCACCAUCACCUUCCGCGAGAACAAGAUCGAGGCCACCUUGCCCACCGGCGAGUCAGUCACCGUUCACUUGUAUGGAGCAACAGUCACCUCGUGGAAGCUUGCAAAUGGACGGGAACAGUUGUUCAUGAGUGAAAAGGCUCAUUUGGAUGGCUCCAAGCCUAUCCGUGGUGGCAUUCCCGUUGUGUUCCCUGUCUUUGGUCCUCCUCCUCCCAACCACGCUACCUCCUCCCUCCCUCAGCAUGGCUUUGCGCGCAACUCCAACUGGGAGUUCCUGGGCAAGUCAUCGUCCGAAUCGCUAGGAAAGAAGGACUGUGAUGAUUCGGUCAAGCUCGACUUUGGUCUGUCUCAUACUAUGCUGAGCGAGGAAUUCCGGAAGGCUUGGCCGUAUGAAUUCGGUCUUUUGUACAGUGUCACCUUGUCCAAGGAAGGUUUGGAAACAGCCCUGCAAGUGCAGAACAAGGGCAACCAGAAUUUCGACUUCCAGGUUCUGAUGCACACCUAUCUCAGCAUUGAUGAUAUCUCGCAAGUCCGGGUUAAGAACCUCGGAUCCAAGACCUACAUCGAUAAGACCCAAAACGCUACUACGCACACUGAGACUUCGCCUGCAUUGGAAAUCAAUAAGGAGACAGAUCGUGUGUACAAAGCCUUGGAUCCUAAGGUUCCCAUCAUCGUGGCAUCUGCUGCUGACGACAAGCUUAUUUUCUCUGUUACACGCGAGGGAUUGAACGAUGUUGUUGUCUGGAACCCUUGGAUCGAAAAGGCGAAGGGCAUGGCCGAUUUUGCCCCGGACGAUGCGUACAAGAAGAUGAUUUGCAUCGAGGCUGGUUCCGUUGCUGGCUGGCAGACCUUGGAGGCUGGCGAGUCCUGGGAGGGAAGCCAGUCAAUCCGCCCGAGACUGUAG